GCAGAACAAGAAGGAUGAGGAGGAGGGGACAACAGAAGUUUCUUCCCCCAACACCAGUCCAAAUUGUUCUUCAUCGUGAAGUCUGUAACAACAGACAUCCAGCUCGAGAGGAGGAAACAGCCGACAUUUUCUUCUCCAUGUUAGAUCAUCUUCAGUCAGCAUGUUUUAGAACAUCAGCACUUGGAAGUAUUCAGUCACAGGAUGGACCACUCAGCUCUCCACUGGCUCAUUGGCCUGUCUGUCAUUCGCACCACUUACGCCACCCAUGUCAUUUUUAAUGACUCUUUGGAGGGCAGUGGGCAGUUCGACUCUGAGAGCACAGACUUUACCCCCACACCUGGCAUUUCCUCCUUCCACAAUGAAUCUGUGAAGUCCACCUCCAUAGAUGGAGAAAAACAUAGCAAAUCAUUCUUGGAUCAGCUGGUGGACUUCUUAGAAGAGAACCACCUUCUCAUAAUCGUCAUUACCACAUUACUUCUACUCAUCGUCACCAUCCUCUGCUUGGCUGCUAUCUUGAGUCGUCGACGUAAAGUCAGCACAUACUAUCCUUGCGCUUUCCCUUCCAAGAUGUACGUGGAUGAGCGAGACAAGACUGGAGGAGCGCGCUUCUUUAGUGAAGUUUUGGAGAAAGCCAAAACCAGCUCCAGUGAGGAGCCGGUGAAUUCAGCCAGGCAGCUCCAAGAGGACAUCAUGCUAGCUACCAAGAACCUCCGAACUCCAAUCAAGAUGCCAUUGAAGAAGAAAAAUGAAACAGUGGAAGACCAAAAACAUGCGGAAGACGAGGAAUGUGUUCAGUGCGACAAGAGUCAAGAGGAGAGCUGUGGCUCGCUAGAGGACAAGACCACAAAUCAGACUGCUGUUGAGGAUACUGUGGAAAAAAGCGGCCCCAGCAGGUCCCAGGAUAGUGUCCCCGCUUGUGACAUGGAAGGGACUGACCCCUCAGACUCUGGGCACCCUGAAGGGAGCAAACAUUCAUCUGGGCCAGAGAAUUCAGAGAUCCAAAAGGACAUGAACAAACAGGAUGUUGCUACUUCAGGCUCAACAUUAAUCAGUGAAGAGAAAACAGCAUUUUAGUGUGGACAUUUUUAAAGCCUUGAAGGAGACACGAAAUACAGAACAAAGUGUGUUUCUUGGACACAUUGUAAAACUAAAAAAUGUAGUAUGAAUUUUCAAUGAGAUCAUCUGUUUUUUCAAGGCUUUUUGUUUGUGACUGUUUAUUUCGAUUUACCACAUAUAAAUGUAAUAAUCUGUUUGAAAAUGUUAUUUACUUACGUCUAAAUGGUAUGAACGGAUGCCUAUUAGGCAAGACAUAAAAUAAAAUAAAAACUGCAUUUUA